GACUGGCUUGUUAGGAAAAUUGUCGGAGACAGUAGGCAAAAAGAUGGCACUGAGGCACGCAGCUUCCCUGACGGCGCUGACAGCCCUCAGCCAGAUCGAUGGAACUUCCAACCCGGCCGCAGUGCCUCACGAAGAACUGACGCUUCGCUACAGACACUUGCUUGACAACAUCCUCACCUCUCUGCUGAAGGAUUCGGAAACGGCUCUUGCAGAUGCAGCACAGAGCGCCUCGGUGCUGGAGCGCCUGCUGGAGUGCGUCCAGCACUGUGUCCAAGCACUGCCGUUCCUUUUUCUGCCUCAGGAAGCAGACGGACAGGACGCUGGAAAACAGGAUGCGUUACGUUUCAGUGAGAGCCUCGUGGGCCGACUGUUGGCACUACUCAGCAUCCCUGGAUUGGCUCCCCUGUGUGGGCAGUUUUGCCAGGUGCUGGAGUCGUUGCUGCGCCUCUACAAGCGCCACAAGGUUGUUCUCCUACGACAGUUCUUGGACAGCCUCCUGGAGCUUUUUGUUGAUGUUUGCCAGUUCUGUGCGAGCGACACUGGCAAUGCUGCCGUCACGAGCCAGUUUGGAGUGACGCUUUCGAGCGCUCCCGGUCCUCCAGUCUCUUCGGAAGUGCGGGCAGAUGCAGAACCGGCGGGAAUGCAGGAAGAGGCGCAAGAAACUGAGCGGGCGGUUCUCCGGAUCGCGUUUGUGGACGGAGGAUACGCCUUUCGUCUGUCGCUCGUCAAACUGAUGGGUCGGCUGGCCAGUGAUCUGGCGACGUUCGGAAGUGGACGCCGGUUCGGGCGAGAUCGUCUCACCCGCUGGACCUGCCGCCAAAUGCAACUGGGUGACGCGACGUUAACGGAGGAGUCCCUGAAAACCCUGCAAGCCUUGCUGGAGCAGUACUGGCCUCUCACAAACAACACUGAGGCUCAAGUCAUCCUGUGUCUUGCCCAACUGCUUCAGCGUGCCUCUUGGGACGAAGCCUCGAUGUCGCCGUCCCUGCUGGAAGCACUGUCCUCCCUGGUAGGAGCCAUGCCAGAGUUUCCUGGCGUCUCUCCCUACGUCACGGAGGAGAUUCUCUUGGCUCUUUCUAAGGCCAUGUGCAGCAUGCGGCAUCAAGAUGGACUGUUGGCUGCGACGGCAAGGUGGUUUGGAAGCCUCUCCAAGAGCUGGAACUCUCAUCCUUUGGAGAUUGUUCUGGCAGAGUUACAGAACAGCUUGCGGUCCUUGCUCGACUGGAGCGAUCCAAACAUUGUUCCCUCCAAGACAUACACUGGCAUUGUGUUGGUGACACUCCGUACAUCUCUUUAUGUGGACAAUGAGGAGAUGGACGUUUCUGGGAAGUCUGAUUGCGUCGCUGCCUGUCUGCGCAGCAGUUUCGUGGCGGAGCACCUUGAGCGGCUUCUUCAGAACCGGGAAAACAGCCUCGGAAGCCUUCAGAUGGUUUCCCUCUGUUUGGAAAUCCUUCAACAGGCUGCUGUGAGAAUCACACAUUUCUCAACCAUGUAA